UUCCGGCACCGAGGCGCCUUCGGAGCCGAAAGGACCAGCCGGGGGCAAAGGAGCACAUGCAGUGCCUCCGUCCCAAGACUAGGAUGCCACCUCAACGAAGGAGGCCCGCGGGCCCUCGACCCUCAAGUGCCGGUCACUCUCCUGACACUCCCAGGCCACCAGCUGGAACCUCGACGGCCACCAGGCGAUCCGUUGCAACGUGGACGGUCGUGUCGGAUGGAGGACCUAUUGCCUGGGCUUCCCGGUCCCGUUGGACCGCCCAACCUCGGCCUCUACGCUCAGAUGACCCCACGAGGGCUCCUCCGCCCUUCCGAGGGCUGCUGCUCACUGACCGCCACCUAAAUGAUCCACCCCUCCCGCUAUCAGAAGAAGAAAGGCGCCUCCUGUGCCCGGUGUGUCGGGUACCGGAAAUCCAUCGACGGACCCACCGCCGGGGCACACUUCAUCGGACUAGGGUCCAGACGGCCUCCCAGCCCCGGUACAACGACUUGUCAGCGGCUCUGGACACCAUACGGAGGCUGCAACCGGAACUACUGAGGGACCCACCUCCGGCCCACCCAGUCCCUCAGGUCGAAGACGUCCUCCUGGACUUCGCCGAUGACGAGGACUUGUAAACGUGAUGGACAUUUUGGGGUGGGGGAGUGUGAGGUCCGAUUGUAUCACAGGCCACCAGAUGGCAAAACUGUGCGGCAGACGGAGUAGGGGGGCGUGCCCGCGCCAGGAGAUAAAAGCGCGGCGAUAGGAGAUACGGGGAUUAUGACUGAAGGAGCGUCGGCGGCUGCCGGGU